CUGAUAUAACACCACUCUCCCUGAGCUCCGCCGGAUACUUAGGUUUAUCUUCACCGUUACGGCGUUGCUAGCAGAACCCUACUCCACCGUUGAAGCGGUCCGAUCAUAUCUUCGACGAAGCUGAUAUGUCAAUGAAGUUGACACCUUCCAAGAGAUCACAUGAUCAGGGCCUUGUAGAAACAAAUGGCCGCGGGAAGUGGCAGAAAUCAUCAUCUUUUAGUUCCCAGAGAUCACCUGCGAAAGUUCGUAUAUUAUGCCCUGCUUCAAAAAUAAAUUUCCUUAUCGGAGAGGAUAGUAGCAUUAUUUCUCGGAUACAAGAGGAAACAGGUGCAGAGGUUCGAGUUGAGGAUAGUAUUGUUGGUUGUGAUGAGAGGGUGAUAGUUAUUGUAGGUUCAGGAAAAGAAGAUGAAGUGGGAACCAAACAGUUCCAAACUGAUAUUGAGGGGAGUGAAACCAAGGAAAAAGACAAUUGCAAUGAUGAAAAUAGUGAGAAUAAGGCGUCUCUUCCGGCAGAAAAUUCCAAAACUGAAAAGGAAACUGAAUCUAUUCAGAAAGCUCUAUUCUUGUUGUUUGAAAGGAUGGUUGGAGGAGCAGAAAUGGAUGGAGGAGAUGAAGAGGGUAAUGAUUCUUCCUCAUUAAUUAUAAGAUUGCUUGUUCUCUCCAGCCAAGUGGGCUGUUUGCUAGGAAAAAGUGGUAGUGUGAUAAAAAAGAUGUCUUCUGAAAGUGGUUCACAGAUACGAAUUCUUCCCAGGGACAAACUACCUUCAUGUGCGUCUUCAUCAGAUGAAUUGGUUCAGAUUUCUGGGGAGCAUGAUGCAGUUAAAAAAGCUCUUGAAAUGGUUGCUCGACAAUUACUUGAGAGUUCCUCUGGGGAUCAAGAUUUUCUCUCUGCUGAUGCUGGUGGCCCAUCUUCUCAGUCUCCUAGACGUCCUCUAUCUAACCGGGAAUUACGUCCACUGUCAGCACGUCCUUACCAUGGGCAGGGGCCUGCUUCCUCUGGUGGAUUUCGUGUUGGGGAAGCUGGUAUACCUGGUCGAAUGAAUCCUAUUCCUGAUGCCUUGACUUUCAGAUUACUUUGUCCAGACGAAAAGGUUGGAGGUAUAAUUGGAAAGGGAGGAAGUAUAAUUAAAGCACUUCAGCAUGAGACUGGGUGUCAAAUCAAAGUUCUGGAAAGCACAGGGGAUUCUGAAGAUCGCAUUAUUGUCAUCUCUGGUCCAGCGUUCCCAGAUGAUAGAAUAUCUUUGCCGCAAGAUGCUGUCCUUCGCAUCCAAUCCCGAAUUUUUAGGGCUGCACCUGAGAAUCAGGACAAUGUUAUGGUUGCAAAACUCUUGGUGUUCUCCAAUCAAAUUGGGUGUCUCUUGGGUAAAGGUGGUGGUAUAAUAGCUGAAAUGAGGAAAUCAACUGGAGCGUAUAUUCGUAUUGUAGGCAAGGAUCAAAUCCCAAAGUGUGCUGCGGAAAAUGAAGAAGUAAUUCAGAUAAAUGGAGAUGUUGAAAAAGUUCAUGAAGCCCUUCUGCAGAUAACUGCCAGAUUACAGAAUCAUUACUUUCGUAAUGCAUUUCCUUCAAACCCUGGGUUUCUGGACCAAGUACCUCCAUUCCCUUCACACGUGGGAAGGAGAGAAUUUUCACCACCUCCAGGCAUGUUCCCCAACAUUCGCCCACCAUUUCACAAGUUCGAUGCUCUACCUCCUCAUGGUGGUUUCCAUCCACAUGAUGAUCGUCCUCCCUUUAUGCAAAAUUUCCAUAGGCCAGGCGUUCCACCUCAUAUUUCUGAUAGAAUGCCAUCUUCAGCACCAUGGGGUUCUCAGGGACGGGGUGAAGGUGGGGGACAUCUAGGCUUCCCAGACUAUGCAGGAGGUCCUCGAAAUAUUGGCGGCUUUGGAGGAGCAAGUAAUCCCGCUGUGAUCACAAGCACUACCGUGGAAGUCGUUGUACCUCGAUCUGUCAUUCCUGCAAUCUAUGGAGAAGGUGGGGGAUGUCUUCGACAAAUAUGUGAGAUUUCUGAUGCGAAAGUCACCAUAAAUGAUCCCAAGCCUGGAGCAACAGAGAGUGUGAUCAUUAUAUCUGGGACGCCUGAGCAGACGAAUGCUGCUCAGAGUCUCAUUCAAGCAUUUGUCAUGGUUGAGACUGAAGGUGCUUGAUUGGUGGCAGUGAAGUGCCGAAGCUGGAAUUUGGUGUUGAUGGCAACUGGAAGAUAUGGUUUAGCAGUUCGCGGGGCAGCAAACUCUUGACAAGGAAAAAUAGAAAAAAAUGCAUGUUAGGGAAUUAGAAGUAUUACUAGUUGGCUAAAACAGAACAUCUUCACUUGAGAUGAUCAUUCUAGGAAGAGGAAGGGAUGGGUUUUUCAAAACAUUUUUGUUUGCAGAUAUUUACAGAUUUCCCUGUCUUUUUGUCCAUCAAAUAUGAUGGAGCCAUUCCGGUUCUAAAUUUUAUCAAGUGUAGCUUGAAGACCA